AUGAAGGCAAGAAACGGACUUACCAGAUUUUUCAAUUGUUACAUUCUACGUGAGAGUCAGAUUAUUAAGGAACAAUUAUGGAUUCGAAAUGGUAAAAUUAUAAAUCCCGAAGAAGUAUUUUAUGUUGAACAAGUUGAGGCCGAUACUUCGGUAGAUUGUGGUGGCCUACUUAUCGCUCCUGGGUUCAUUGAUAUACAAAUAAACGGAGGAUGGGGUGUUGACUUUUCAUAUGAUUCAGAGAAUGUUGAAGAGGGAAUUCAAAAAGUUGCAAAAGAACUUUUAAGUCAUGGUGUAACAUCUUUCUGUCCCACUAUGGUCACUUCAGAUAAAGAUAAAUACUCAAAAAUUUUGCCUAAGAUACAAAAAAAGCAAGGAAACAAAAGUGGUGCCACUGUUCUUGGUGUCCAUCUUGAAGGUCCAUUUAUUUGUUUGGCUAGAAAGGGUGCACAUACUCCAGAACUCAUAAAAAAUCCAGAAAAGGGCUUUGAUUCCCUUAUAGAGAUGUAUGGGUCCCUUGAUAAUGUGGUCAUAGUAACACUAGCUCCAGAACUACCAGGUGCGUUGAAUGCCAUAAAACGGUUAUCAGACAAAGGAAUAAAAGUUGCUCUUGGUCAUUCUGAAGCUGAUCUGUCACAGGCUGAGGAAGGUGUCAGACAGGGAGCAAAUUUGAUUACACAUUUAUUUAAUGCAAUGCUGCCAUUUCAUCACCGUGACCCAGGCCUUGUAGGUCUAUUAGCAUCAACAACAGAAAAGCAAGUAUAUUAUGGAAUCAUAUCUGAUGGUAUCCACACUCACCCAGCUGCUUUAAGAAUAGCAUGUCGAACAAAUCGCGAAGGUCUUAUUCUUAUAAGUGAUGCAGUUGCAGCUCAGGGAUUACCAGAUGGUGCAUACCGUAUUGGCCCACAGGCAGUCUCUGUUGAGAAUGGUUGGGCAUACAUUGCUGGUACCAAAACAUUGUGUGGCAGUACCAUGGCAUUGGACCGAUGUGUCAAGACGUUCAAGGAAUCUACAGAAUGUACCCUGGAGUAUGCUUUGGAAACUGCGUCCUUGCAUCCUGCCCGAGCUCUGGGAAUAGACAAUAGGAAAGGAAAACUAAAUUAUGGCUUUGAUGCAGACUUUGUAUUUUUAGACCGCAAAACACUGAAAGUUAUGUCGACUUGGAUUGCAGGCGAAUGUGUCUUCAGACACACUUAA